AUGGGUUUUCUGUUGCUUGUGUCCCUAGGUUUACUGUCGCUUGCGUCCAUUGGUUAUCUAGAUGUUGCUGCCAUUGGUACUCGGUGCAACCCUGCCAUUGGUUCUGUGGCUCUUCCUGUGAUCGGUAUUCGGUCCCUUACGUCCAAUGGUUAUGUGGCUCAUGAUGUCAUUGAUGUUCGGUCUGGUCCCUUACGUCCAAUGGUUAUGUGGCUCAUGCUGCCAUUGAUGUUCGGUCUCUUGUGUCCAUUGGUUGUCUGGCUGCUGCUGACAUUGAUGUUCAGUCUGUUGUGUCCAUUGGUUGUCUGA